GAACGCUAUCGAUGUCUUCUCCUGAUUUAUUCUGUCCGAUCGGCUGCGUGUCGACCUAAGGAAACGGGGUUCGAGCUUUUGGAUGGAAGCUUUUUUUAGUGGCGUUUCUGCACCAGCCUCGUCCUUCUUUGGGGAGCAGUGAGUAGCUCGUGUGGUUGGUUGGUUGGUUGGCUAACCUGGUCGGGGAAGCUGCUGUUUGCUCUUAGCUCGGUAAGCUAGCAAACACAACUAGGUGCCUGUGUUCUGGGUGACAGUAGAUCCAGGUAAUCGCUGGAUCUUCUAGCUAGCUGUCCAGCUGGCCGUAGCUGGUAGGCUUUUGAUAUUCAAGGGAGGAAUCGGAUCGCAAUGUCAGGACCGUCAUCGGGCUGCGGCUUUCUCAUGUCGGUUGUCGUUCACGGUGACUUGGCUCUCAACGAGCAGGAAAAAGAACUCGACCAGCGGCUCAGGCGUCUUUACCCGGCCGUCAACGAACAAGAAACUCCGCUGCCCAAAUCCUGGAGCCCAAAGGACAAAUUCAGCUACAUCGGCCUGUCACAGAACAACCUGCGGGUGCAUUACAAAGGUCAUGGAAAGACGCCUAAAGAUGCAGCUUCGGUUCGUGCGACUCACCCCAUUCCAGCUGCCUGUGGGGUUUAUUACUUUGAGGUGAAAAUCAUCAGCAAAGGACGAGAUGGAUACAUGGGGAUCGGUCUCUCUGCACAGGGGGUGAACAUGAACAGACUUCCAGGCUGGGACAAGCACUCAUAUGGCUAUCACGGAGAUGACGGACACAGUUUCUGCUCGUCGGGCACAGGGCAGCCAUACGGGCCCACGUUUACUACGGGAGACGUGAUCGGAUGCUGCGUCAAUCUCAUCAACAACACCUGCUUCUAUACAAAGAACGGCCACAGUCUAGGUAUAGCUUUUACAGAUCUACCACCCAACCUUUACCCGACGGUGGGUCUUCAAACCCCGGGCGAGGUGGUGGACGCUAACUUCGGGCAGCAUCCUUUCGUCUUUGACAUCGAGGACUACAUGCGCGAGUGGAGAACCAAGAUCCAGGCUCAGAUCGAGCGCUUUCCUAUCGGCGAACGAGAGGGCGAGUGGCAGGCCAUGAUUCAGAAGAUGGUGGCUUCCUACCUGGUACACCACAGCUACUGUGCAACAGCUGAAGCCUUCGCCAAGUCCACUGACCAGGCCGUGCAUGAGGAGCUCGCCUCCAUCAAAAACAGACAGAAAAUCCAGAAACUGGUCCUGUCUGGCCGAAUGGGGGAGGCUAUAGAGACCACUCAGCAACUCUACCCCAGCCUGCUGGAAAGGAACCCUGACCUGCUCUUCAUGUUAAAAGUCAGGCAGUUUAUUGAAAUGGUGAACGGGACGGACAGUGAGGUGCGCUGUCUAGGUGGACGGAGCCCCAAAUACCCCGGAUCACCCCGUGUUUUCAGUAGCCCCAGCCACAAGCCCUCCAGUUCUCAGGCCUACGUUUCAGGUUUUGAUAGUAACUGCUAUAAUGGCGUGGCGUCUAGUAAAGCUCACUCUUCGUCACACGGGCACAAACCAUGUCCCGUUUCCAUAGGCAGCAGUGAUGUCGGGGUUCUGAACGGCAGCCACACGCAGCAAGCUGGCAUAAGCAAUGAUGUAGAGAUGGAGGUGGACCACAUUUCUAACGGUGUGUCAGAGUCCUCCUCGAACGGCUUUAUGAACGGAAGCUCCACACACGGAGCAGAUCUCGAGGACUGCGAUGGAGAAAUGGAAGUGGAGUCUGCUCAGAACAAAAGGCAGCUGUGUGGGGGGAGCCAGGCUGCCAUCGAGAGAAUGAUUCACUUCGGCCGAGAGUUACAGAGCAUGAGCGAACACCUCCGCCGGGAACGAGGAAAAAACUCGGCCAACAAGAAGAUGCUCAAGGAUGCCUUUAGUUUGCUGGCGUAUUCUGACCCCUGGAACAGUCCCGUGGGCUACCAGCUGGACUCCAUCCAGAGAGAGCCGGUCUGCUCAACACUCAACAGUGCAAUAUUAGAGACUCAUAACCUGCCCAAGCAGCCCCCUCUGGCCCAGGCAGUGGGUCAGGCGACCCAGUGCCUGGCACUCAUGGCCCGCACGGGCAUCGGCUCCUGUGCUUUCGCCUCUGUGGACGAUUACCUGCACUAGCCCCCGGAGAAGUCUCCCUCUAUUAAAAACAGCUGUGCAGCGCAAUCUGCGUCACCCCCGAUUCAACCUGGUCUCCUCAACCCCGGGCUUAUUUCCAAUCACGGCCCGGAGCACCGAGUCUCCACACGAGCCGGACCCAUCUCAAAUCCCGGCUUUCUUUUUAAGAGACUGGAUCCCGUUGGUUCAGGCUGUCCCGAGCCUAAAGACAAAUUAGGAGAAGGAUUCGUCAAACCAAGCCAAGCUAAGACAAGCCAAGCCAAUUCCUGAACCAUUAUGCUCUUUUGCUUUAUUAUUUUUAAUUUGGGAGCGGGAGGACGGGUGAGUGUCGCAGGCUCAGAUCAUUUGUUUCCUAGUUUAUGAGGCAUGAGGCAAAUUUAUUCUGAUUCUACUUAUCAUUAAACGUGCAUAUAAGAUUGUAUUUGUUCUCGAAUUAAAAGCUGGUCGAAGUGAGCACGAAGGCGCCCUACAGUUACCACUCUGCUGUUUAUAAGGUGUCCGCUUGUGUACUCGUUAUCAUUUAAUCCCCCGCCCUUUUGUUUUUUGUUUGGAAUUAUAUUAACAUGCUGAGUGGAAUAUUUUAGUUACAUAUAUUAUAUAUAAAAAGAAAAAAUGCAGUCUGACGCUGCUGGGCUCCUCCUUAGUGGUGGUAUUUAGCAUAGAGAAUUAGUGUGAGCUGUAUUAUGAGUUCAGCCAUUUGUGCAAGCGUGCCCUUCCUCUGCCAGCUCUUCACAGCGGCUUCGAUGCAACAUUUGGACGCAAUGUUCGAACUCUCGGAUCUGUAAUCGCGUCGAUGUCUACACUCGCACCUUCAUAUGUCAGCAAAUAUGCAGCUCUAUGGAAGAAGCCCGGGCUCGUAUGGAUCGUUAAUCCUGACGCAUAUUUAGGUUAAUACAAGCUGUGGCCUGACAGAGGGCCUGACGCCUGCUCCUCAUUUUCUCCUGUGGUUCACCAGCCAGCCCUUACAACCAUCUAUUACAUAAAAAAAAAAAAGAAACAAACGUAAGGAGAUGAUACAGUAUUGUGAAUAGCACUGUCUAAUCAUUUUCAGUAAUAAAAUACAAAUACCCAGGUGGACAA